AUGGGCGUGCUCCUCUGGAGAGGCUUCUCGCUGGACCAGGUCAUGAGUCAGGUGGGUCUGACGAUCAAAUCUAGCUCCUGUCAGUCCGUAGCCAUCUCACCUCGCCUUCUCCUUGUGUGAUGAAUUCCAGGUCUUUGGCGCCCAUGACGACCUGGGCAUGGCCCGUCAGAUGCCGAUCCACUUUGGCUCCACGGCCCACCACUUCCACACCAUCUCGAGCCCCCUGGCGACGCAGAUCCCGCAAGCGGCCGGCUCGGGCUAUGCACUGAAGCGGACAAAGGGCCGCGAGGACGACGUGGCCGUCUGCUUCUUUGGCGAGGGUGCCGCGAGCGAGGGCGACGCGCACGCGGGCAUGAACAUGGCUGCCACGCUCAAGUGUCCUGUCCUAUUCAUCGUCCGCAACAACGGCUUUGCCAUCUCGACGCCCUCGUCGGAGCAGUACGCCUCGGACGGCAUCGCGGCGCGCGGGCCCGCCUACGGCAUCUCGACGAUCCGCGUCGACGGCAACGACGUCCUGGCCGUGCGGUCGGCGGUGCGGCACGCGCGACGCGUCGCCGCAACGGAGAAGCGCCCAUUUCUGAUCGAGUGCAUGACCUACCGCGUGGGCCACCACUCGACGUCGGACGACUCGUCGGCCUACCGGUCCAAGCAGGACGUCGACGACUGGAAGCGCAAGGACAACCCGCUGCACCGCUUUCGCCAUUUCAUCCAGCAGCGCGGCUGGUGGGACGACGCGCAAGACGAGGCUGUCCGCCUUGACUACCGUAAGCGCAUCAUCCGCGCCCUCGAGGUGGCCGAGAAGAAGAAGCGGCCGAGCCUGAGCUCCAUCUUUGACGACACCUACGACGCUGUGCCGCAGAACCUCAAGGAGCAGCGCGAGGACUUGGCGCGGCUACUCGACAAGUACGGCAAGGGCUAUGAGCCCUGGGCAAAGGAGCUUGCCAAGUACGAACAAGAGGGCAACGACAUGCGCCCCUAUCUCACACCAGAGGACAAGUAAAAGAGCAGCAGCCCCUCCUUUUCACCUUUUGUAAUUUCAUUUGCUUGCAAUGAUAUAAGAGAGAGAACAGAG